GUUGCUUGGGACUGAGAAUUUGGAAAUCGUAAAUCCGGAAGGAGGGAAGGAAGAUGUCUUGGAUGAAGCUGCCAAAGGAAGAUUCAGCAACCAGGAAAAAGAAGGUUAUUUCAAACAAGCUCAGAAGUACAUUGGCGCUGACGUCACUUCACUUGUCACGCUUCCUGUCAUUAUUUUUGAGCCCAUGACAAUGCUUCAAAAGAUGUGCGAGCUCAUGGAGUACACUGAUCUACUCAACAAAGCGGACAGCACAGACGACCCCAACAUGAGGAUGGUCUACACAGCGGCGUGGGCGGUCUCUCCAUAUGUGGCAUUCUCAAGGACAUGGAAGCCCUUCAACCCUAUUCUCGGCGAGACAUUUGAAUUCUCGAACCACAAUGGCAUCACUUUUGUAAACGAGCAGGUGAGUCAUCAUCCGCCUAUUUGUGCCGGGCAUGGGGAGAAUGAGCACUUCGUCUACGACUGCACCUCAAAGGUCAAGACAAAAUUUCUUGGGAAUUCAGUGGAGGUUUAUCCUUUAGGAAGGACGAGGGUGAAGUUAAAGAGGUCCGGUCAUGUGUUUGACUUGGUUCCUCCACCUACUAAGGUUCAGAAUAUCAUUUUUGGCCGCACGUGGGUGGAUUCACCUGGUGAUAUGGUGCUUACAAACACUGCAACGGGAGAAAAGGUCGUUCUUUACUUUCAGCCGUGCGGCUGGUUUGGGGCUGGGCGCUACGAAGUGGAUGGAUACGUCUAUGAUUCUUCCGAAGAACCUAAGAUGCUCAUCACUGGCAAGUGGAACGAGUCAUUGAGCUACCAACCAUGCGAUCAUGAAGGAGAGCCAUUGGAGGGAUCCACACUGACUGAGGUUUGGCGACUUACCGACUUGCCUGAGGACGAUAAGUUCCAGUUUACUCACUUUGCGAGAAAACUUAACAGUUUCGAAACUGCACCUCCAAGUCUGCUGCCAUCUGAUUCCCGCCUACGUCCUGAUCGCAAAGCAUUGGAAGAGGGGGACCUUAACCAGUCAGCAUCAGAAAAGUACAGGCUGGAAGAGCACCAACGUGCAGAGAAACGUGAGAGAGAACAGCGAAAGGAUGCUUUUGUCCCCAAAUGGUUUCGUUCGUCUGGGGAGACAGCUGUCACACCAUGGGGAGAUCUUGAAGUUUACGAGUUCACUGGACUGUAUGAUGAGAGGAAGUCAGCUGCUUCCGAAACUCCUGUUGAGGAUGUUCCCAAGCAGGAGUUUAGUCCAUGGCAGUAUCCGGAGCUGAAGGUUGAGGUACAAGAUUCUCCUGUGCCGACUGGAGUUGUUGCUCUCUAG